GGCUCCUCAGUGGCUUCCCCGAAGUUCAAGGCCGCGGCCAGGGUGCCAGGGUCGUGCUCCACUCUCUCUAAUUCACCAACCCACGUCGCUGUCCCGCUCCUAAUUCCCCAUCACCACCCACAACCACCGCCGCGCCCCCCGACCUGUUCCCCGACGCCCGAACAGUACUACUUUUUAAUCUCUAUUCUCUACACACGCCUAAACGACACGUUCCGCACGUUGACGGCAGCUGCCUUUCAAGAUACCCUCGACCGACCCGCAGUAGCCUACACCGCCAACCCUUGCAAAUAUGGCGGACAAGACCGAAAGGCCCACGAGCUCACACAGUUCCGACAAAGACGGUGACGACUUCGAAGACGCUUCUGAGAUUACCCCUCGCCCCGACUCACACUCAGAACGAUCGCAGUCGCGGUCACGCUCCCUCCUACAGCGAGAGUCUUCCAACUCCACCGUACAGGCCGGCAAACCAGUCUCUCCCAAUCCUGCAGUCCCAAAACUGCCCAAAGAGGAGAGCGACGACAGCGAGGAGGAUGACGACGAUGAUGACGACGACGACGAGGAUGAGGAUGAAGAUGAUAGCGACGAGUCAGAGAGCGAACCCGAAGUCGUCAAAAAGCCUACCGAGACUGCACCGGCAGCCAAGUCACCACUCUUGACUGGACACAGGGUCUCAGUCACCUCAGACAUGGACGAUGUGUCGUUGGAUAGUGAAGGCUCCAAGGCUGCUGGAAUACUUCCCAAACUACCACCGCGAGACUCUCGAGACUCCACAAGCUCAGCAAGUGGCCUACAAGGCCUUUCCGGCACAAUGGCACCCGUAAAAUUCCCUCCUCCACCCGCACCGCCCGCUGUACAAGAGAAAGAGAAGCCCGCGCCGGCACCGACGACUAGGAAGCUCACAGGCCCCUUUGCGUGGCUUUCGAGGAAUAGUUCCAGCAAGAAGCCUGAGUCUCCUCCCGCGACUACAACAACUGCCGAGCGACGUCAUACUGGGGCAUCUAUUGCAACCAUCGGCAGCAAUCCUGAGCUCACUUUGAGCAGGAUCGAAGAUGAGGGAGACAUGGGCUCCAAGAACAGAUCAAGCCAGGGCAGCCUGCGAGAUCGUUUCAAGAUUCUGCGGAUGAGGGAAGAAGCGGGCAUAACACUGGAUGACACAACCGGAGAUGGCAGUCCAGCAGGAGCAUUAGCAUCACCAGGUCUCGGUCUCGGCAUUGCCAGUCCCACCCCUCUAGCUGAGGAAGAGCCAGGAAGUCCUCCAGCGCUCGCAAAGCAACCUACAAUAAACCCCAAGUUGGCCCCUGGUACCGCUUCUGGGUUCGCCGCUGGUCCGGCGGGAGAUGCGGCUGAGCCUGUCGACUGGGAUCUAUGGCAGUCAGUGGUCAAUGAGGGCCCAGCCGCAAUCGCACGUACCAGCUCCGAAGAAUUGAAUCGCGCCAUCGCCAGCGGUAUCCCUCAAGUCAUCCGUGGUGUUAUCUGGCAAGUGCUGGCGCAAAGUAAAAGCGAGGAGCUGGAGAGCAUGUACAGGGAGUUAGUCGCUCGUGGAACAGACAAGGAAUACAUGAGCGUCAGGAACAGCACUGUCAGCACCGGCCAAGCCAGUGCGAACGGAAAGGACUCGGUCGCUUCUUCCUCGUCUUCUGUGCAUUCUGACUACUCGAGCCCGGCUACAACAGCUGCCAGCACGACUGCGCCAUUAGGCUCGCCAUCACUCACGUCAGACGAAGACCCCAUCAAGGUACAAGCGAGGCUUGCCGCGGAGAAGAAACAGAAUGCAGCCACCAUCUCCAAAUUAGAAAAGGUCAUCAAGCGCGAUCUCGGAGCGCGGACGAGCUACUCCAAGUACCUCAUGGCAGCUGGGCUACAAGACGGUCUCUUUGGUAUCUGCAAAGCCUAUGCUCUGUACGAUGAUGCUGUUGGUUACGCUCAAGGCAUGAACUUCAUCGCUAUGCCUCUGCUCUUCAAUAUGCCUGAGGAAGAAGCAUUUAGUCUCUUCGUAACGCUCAUGAACAAAUAUCGUCUGCGCGACCUUUUCGUGGCUGAUAUGGCUGGACUUCAUCUGCAUCUUUACCAGUUCGAACGCCUUUUGGAAGAUCUCGAACCUGCUCUGUACUGCCAUCUUCGCCGGAGAGAGGUCAAGCCCCAGCUCUACGCAACGCAAUGGUUCCUCACGUUGUUUGCAUACCGAUUCCCGCUACAGCUCGUCUUGCGCAUCUACGACCUGAUACUCAGCGAGGGUCUUGAGUCUGCGAUCUUGAAGUUCGGCAUCGUACUGAUGCAGAAGAACGCCGAAACAUUGCUGGGUAUGAAGGACAUGUCUACCCUGACCCAGUUCCUCAAAGAGCGAUUGUUCGAUGUCUACAUCGACAAAGCUCCGUCGGCCAACUCCAUUCUCGAGAACGGCUUCUUUGGUUCGACGGCCGGUAUCGACAAGGAGAUUUAUCGCGCAGACACCCUCGUCAAAGAUGCAGUUUCCGUCAAGAUCACGCCAGAGAUGCUCAAGCAAUACACCGCUGAGUGGAAAGAACAGCAACGCGUAGAGAAGGAGCGCGAGACAGAACUUCAUGGAUUGAAAGACAAGGUCACGCAUUUGGAGCAAAAGGUUCGGUCUUUGGAACAUCGUGCUGAACAGUCCGACAUGGAACAUGUCCAGGUCGCUUCUGAGCUCAUCAAGACCAAGGUCGAGAAUGAGAACUUCGCCGAAGAAAACGAGACGUUGAAGACCAAGGUCUUGGAACUACAGAAGAUUGUCGACACCCAACCUGCUGAGGUUGAAGCAAGACUGAAGAACGAGAUGGAGACUGUCAUGCAAAAGAACAUUGUCGUCCACAACGAGAACCGCAACCUAGAGGAUUCGAUGGCCGAGAUGGAGAAAGAAUUGGUUGACGUCAAGAUGCAAUGGGCUACAAUCAACGAAGAGCACGAAGCGCUCAAGCAAAAGUGGAACAACAUUUCGCAGAUGAUGAAGUAAGCCCGGUGGUGGGCUCAUUUUUGCAUCAAAGGCAUCGGAUUGACUUGCAUACAGCACGCAAGCGCCGCCACCCGUUGGGGAUCAGAUCUAUUCUGUCGCGUCGACCGCCCUUUAAUUCGUUUCUAAUGUCUAUAUACACGUCCGCCCCGUACAAUAGCACUUCUGGCAGGGCCUUGUCGCGCGUUAUGCUUUGGCAUCAUCAGUUUCGCAUCAUUAUCUGUACCUGUGGCUUGGUGGGACGGAUGGAGAUGCCUUCAGUUGGAUACGAUCAGAAUUGGAUAGCUUGCAUGGAAUGGGAGCAAGGUGUUUAGGAAAGUGGCGAUUGAAUCAGCAUACGUCUAUCUCUAUAGACUCAUGGAAGGCGUUUUCCGCUUUGUUUCGUUGGCUUGUAGCAUGUUAUGAUGGAAGCCUAGUUGGUUAGAUCAUCAAUAGAAGCACGACAUGAUUCAGCAGAUAUGGAUAUGCUUGCCACUGGCGAUUGUAAC